UGGUUUUGUUUAUGACUUUAUGAAUAUUCCACGUUCCAUACUUCUAAAGUUUUUUUUUUGGGUAAAAUGUUAAAUUUUAUACCAAUUUUAAAAUUUUUGACAGAAAUUACAAACAAAAAGAACAGAGUAACCAAAAUCUAAAAACUAAGACUAAGUAACAAUAGAAACCAAAAGAUGGACAUAAUCGACAAGAACACAUGUAAGCAGUCUAGAAAAUUCAACAUGUAGAAACACCGAUUCCAAACUUAAAACUCGGACAUUUGUGUUGUUGCCACAGAUCUAAAGUCCUCAUCAUCGUUGCCACGAACACCACCAUCCAAGGUCGCCCUCAAAACCUCGAACACGGGUAAGAGCCUACAGCUUCUCCGAAGACUAACACAAAAACGAAUGUCCAUCCAUACUUCUAAAGUUAGUCCUCGUUUCAUUAAUUAAAAUAAACAUUAAAUAACAUAUGUGAAAGAUGCCUUGAACCAUUGCAUACAAAAAGGAUAAAUGAAAAACUAUAUGAUAUAUAUGGAGAGUACGUUGAUAGGUGAUACUUCUUACAAAAACGGAAACUAUUUUCAAAAUGUAAAACAAAUCAACUCUAUGAAACAAUCAAUCUAUUUAGCAAAUCUCUCGUUUUAUAAUUAUUUUUAAAUAUGCUCAAACUUUUUUCGUGGAAACAACUUUAAUUUUGAUUGUAUCUAUCUAUAAAUAGUAAAGUAGUUGGUACAGGAGUUAUAGUUCCACAAAAUUAAUUUCAAACAAGAGCUCCCCAUAUCACUCUCUCUCUAUAAAAAGCCGUACAUGUCCUACAACUUCUGACACAACUUAAGAAACAAAACAAGAAAACACAAAUACACUUUCUAUGGAGCUCUUUUCACUCCCUUCUCUGUUCCUUAUCUCCACUCUACUCGUCUUAUACAUCUCCAAGUAUGUUCUCAACAAAAGAAACCAACGAAACUGUUUCAUGCUUCACUACGAGUGCUACAAAGGCAAAGACGAGAGAAAACUCGACACCGAGACUUGUGCCAAGAUCGUUCAACGAAACAAGAACUUAGGUCUCGAAGAGUACAGGUUUCUUCUCCGCACAAUGGUUAGUUCCGGUAUAGGAGAAGAAACGUACGGCCCAAGAAACGUCCUUGAAGGUAGAGAAGCCUCUCCUACACUCCUCGACGCCCACUCCGAGAUGGACGAGAUCAUGUUCGACACCCUCGACAAGCUUUUCCACAAGACAAAGGGUUUAGUCUCUCCUUCAGACAUAGACAUUCUCGUCGUCAACGUCUCUCUCUUCGCUCCAUCUCCUUCUUUAACCUCGAGAGUCAUCAACAGAUACAAGAUGCGUGAAGACAUCAAGUCCUACAACCUCUCGGGGCUAGGGUGUAGCGCGAGCGUUAUAUCGAUAGAUAUAGUGCAACGGAUCUUCGAAGCUCGAGAGAACUCGUUUGCGCUUGUGGUUAGCACCGAGACGAUGGGUCCUCAUUGGUAUUGCGGUAAAGAUAGGUCAAUGAUGCUAUCAAACUGUCUCUUCCGUGCUGGAGGAAGCUCUGUUCUGUUAACCAACGCACCACGGUUCAAGAACCAGGCCUUGAUGAAGCUUGUGACUGCCGUCAGAGCCCACGUGGGCUCGGACGACGAGGCCUACUCGUGCUGUAUACAGAUGGAAGACAAAGAUGGUCACCCAGGGUUUCUCUUAACCAAGUACCUCCAAAAAGCAGCUGCUCGAGCCCUAACCCUAAACCUAAAAGUCCUUCUUCCUAGAGUCUUGCCACUCAAGGAACUCAUCCGGUACGCGAUAGUACGUGCUUUUAAACGAAUAACCACCACGAAAGGAGAGUCUACGAGCUCGGGAAUAGAUCUAGACCUGAAAACAGGUCUAGACCAUUUUUGUAUUCACCCUGGAGGAAGAGCGAUUAUCGAAGGUGUGGGUAAAAGCUUGGGGCUCACGGAAUUCGAUAUCGAGCCAGCGAGAAUGGCGCUUCAUAGGUUUGGGAAUACAUCUUCAGGUGGUUUGUGGUAUGUUCUUGGUUACAUGGAAGCUAAGAAGAGGCUGAAGAAAGGUGACAAGAUAUUAAUGAUGAGUAUGGGAGCUGGAUUCGAGUCUAACAACUGUGUUUGGAAGGUUCUUAAGGAUCUUGACGAUAAGAAUGUUUGGGAAGAUUCUAUAGAUCGAUAUCCUGAAAUGUCGAAGAUUCCUAAUCCGUUCUUGGAGAAGUAUAAUUGGAUCAAUGAUGAUACCAUGAGCUUUGUUCGUGUUUGAGUCAUCCCAAGCCCAAGUAAGCAUAGAUAAGAAGAAAAAUUAAGAUGGAGACCUUUUUUCAAUAUAUAAUUUAUGAGUAGUCAUAAGAAAUGUUUCUUUUUCAGGUGUUAUUGUUACUAAAUUUGGGUUAUUUAGAAUGUUUAGAGCAUUUCCAAUGUAAAACUCUAUUUUUUCUUUCAAAAUAGAGUAAAAGUAUUAUGGAGUGAAAAUACUUCGAUCCUAUUCCA